AUCUCAGCCACGCCAUCUCGGAGUCUUGACUGACGCUUCACGCGUCAAUCGAUCGCUGCCACCUCCCCGCUCGGUCGCGAGAACCGGGCCGUGGCCCUCGCGAGAGAAAUCGGGUAUAUUUAAGAGAGGAGGAAGAAAAGAGGGAGGCGGGGGAAAAAAAGAAGGAAAGAAAGAAAGAAAAAUGGGGGCUCGAUCUCGACCGCAGUUCGUUUUAUUUGGAGAUUCGAUCACGGAACAAUCCUUCAGACAAGGUGGGUGGGGGGCCGCCCUCGCCGACACGUACUCCAGAAAGGCAGAUAUAAUUGUUAGAGGCUAUGGUGGAUAUAACACAAACUGGGCUUUGUUUUUGCUUAAUCAGCUAUUUCCUCUGAAUUGCUCAACAGCUCCUGCUGCUGCAACUAUUUUUUUUGGAGCGAAUGAUGCAGCUCUUUUUGGGAGAACAAGUGAACGGCAGCAUGUGCCCCUUGAACAGUACAAGGAAAACCUAAAAAAGAUUGUUCAUCACUUGAAGGAAUGUUCACCAACGAUGUUAGUGGUUUUAAUCACUCCACCCCCUGUGGAUGAGGAUGGUCGCAUGGCAUAUGCACGUUCCUUGUACGGUGAGAAGGCCAUGGACAUGCCAGAGAGAACAAAUGAAAUAACUGGUGUUUACGCAAAUCAGUGUGUUGAGCUUGCUGAAGAAUUGCAAAUCCCAUAUAUCAACUUAUGGUCUCUAAUGCAAGAAUUUUCAGGAUGGCAAAAGAAGUUCUUGAGUGAUGGCUUGCACCUGACAGCAGAAGGCAAUGCAAUAGUCCACAAAGAAGUCGUUAAAACGUUCAGUAGUAAUCAUCUCCGAGCUGAAGAAAUGCCAUAUGAUUUCCCUCAUCAUUCUCAGAUAAAUGGAGAAAAUGCUGAGCAAAUAUUUAGACAGUGGAGCUAAUGUUGUCUCCUUGCCAAUCUCAUUUUCCGUCUCCAUCAAAUUACCAAUUAUCUCUUAUGAAACUUUCCUACCCUUCUUUAUCUUCCCCUUCUGUUCUUUAUGACACUCUCAAAACUCUCUUAGUGUGCUUUGCUAUAAUUAUUCUCAAUGAUGACAUUUUCGGUUCAAAUUUUAUUCUGCAAAUGGUUGGCUUACUUGUACUUUUGACGCCUUGUCACUACUACGCAUACAAUACUAACUUUACCAUUAGCACAUUUGUGUCUUUCGUGAUUA